AUGUCUGAAAUUCAUAGUCGCAGGCUUCUGCGCACUCCAUCUCCUCCGCUCCGCCGUGCUUCCCUUGCCCCAUCUACAGUAGUAGUACAUAAACGCGCAAUAUGGCCCUUGGUACUCCUCCUCGUUCUUGUUCAUCUUUCAGCUGUUUUAUAUACGCUUCCGCUCAACCGGGUGAUUGAACUCCGACUAUGCCAGGCGCAUUACGAGUUGCAUGAUCCAUCUGCUAUACAGCCAGAUGGCUCGAUACCAGAGAAGCUGUGUAAAAUAGAUGAUGUGCAGCGACGUCUUGCUUGGUUACAGGGUACUAUGGAGACGACGCUUGUUGUUUGUGACUUCAUCGUAACAAUACCCUUCAGCUUUGUCGCCGAGAGAUGGGGUGUCAAGAUUGUAUUAUUGUGUAAUUUGAUACCGAGGAUUUUUAUGAGUACCUGGGCUAUGCUUGUUGGAAACUUCCCGCACAUCCUCCCCACUAACGCCAUCAUCGCUGGUCCGUUUCUCAAUGUCCUUGGAGGCGAAUGCGUAUUUCAGUCUACAAUCUUCACUUUGACUUCAGCUUUAGCUAGUGAGUAUGUGGAACGAGCAUCCUACUUCUCCUACGUCAGCUCAACAUCCUACAUUGUCUCCUUCCUCGGACCAACUCUAGCUGCAUUCACCAUGAGCAACAGUCUCUGGCUCCCCUUCUGGCUUAACAUCUCUCUCCUCCUCUGUGCCAUACCGACUAUCAGCUUGCUCCCCUCGGUUUCAAAAUCAUCAACUCUAUCCACGCCCCCGAAUUCUCUUUCUCAAGACCCGGAUGAAGAAGCCGGGCCAUUACUACAAGGUAGAUCCACUAGCUCAACUAGACAUCCUGAGGACUUCGAAACGCACGCUAGCUUCUUACAAAGUAUACUCCAUGCAACGCGCAAAAUGAGGCGCUUGGUUACUGGUCGCCGCAAAUUCCAAAUCCUGCUUUGCUCCUUCUUUCUUACUGCGCUUGCGAGUUCAGAUACGAAGCUCCUAGUUCAAUAUAUUUCCAAGCGGUAUGAAUGGACUUUUGCACAGGCAGGCUAUAUGCUCUCCGCCAAGGCACUUGUUAAUUUUACGUUACUGGCCAUAAUCGUGCCACGCAUCAUUCGGACCUCCAUGUCAUCCAAGACGGUCCACGGGUCUGAAGUACGACUUAAUAUCAUAGGGGCAGAAGUCAGCAUUGCGGUUUCGGUCGUGGGCGUGCUGUGUGUGGCACUAGCAUCCAGGUUCUGGAUGUUGCUUGCUGCUUUGAUCGUAUAUGCUCUCGGUUCUGCGCUGCCGGUUUUUACAAUGUCACUGGUCAAGUCCCCUCUCAUUGCGCUGGCGCAUUCGGAUGUCCAGGACUUCAGUAUAGUCAUGUUGACAAAGACUCUGGGAUCGUUGGUCGGCGCUCCUUUGAUGACUGUUCUGUGGGUACAGGCUAUACAGCUUGGGGGUAUUGGUGUUGGUUUACCGUACUUUUUCUCUGCUUGUAUAUAUCUUAUAGCAGCAUUCGUUAUUGCACGCUUGCGGAAUUAG